GAGAGAGAGAGAGAGAGAGAGACAGGGGAAGCCAGCAGCGACCUCCUACCCAGCAACCUCCGAGGCGAACCCAUAAAAUGAAUUCAGACUCCAGCCCGAGCAGCAGAGCCUCUUCCCCGGACAUGGACGGCAUGUUUCUCCGAGACCACCACCAGCAUCACAAUCACCACCACCACCACCACGUCGGCUCCUCGGUGUCCUCAUCCACGCAGGGCGGCGAGCAGCAGCGCCAGAAGAUGAGUGGCGGCGGCGGCAGUGAGCACCUGCGGUCUGGAGACGCCAAGUCAACGUCUGUCGGGAGCAGCAGAGAGGCCAACAGCAACAAGUUCAAAAUGAAGAAGCAAGUCACCGAGGAGGAAAUGUAUCACCUCCGUCUAAAGAUUAACGGCCGGGAGCGGAAGCGCAUGCACGACCUCAACCUGGCCAUGGACGGCCUGCGCGAGGUGAUGCCCUACGCGCAUGGGCCCUCGGUGCGGAAGUUGUCCAAGAUCGCCACGCUGCUUCUCGCCAGGAACUACAUCCUGAUGCUCACCAGCUCCUUGGACGAGAUGAAGCGGCUGGUGGGGGAGAUUUACGGAGGACAGCACUCAGCUUUCCACUGCGGCACCGUGGCGCACACCACCGGCGGACACUCCGGGGGCCCCGCCGCUGCAGCCGCUGCCGCGGCCGCCGCCGCCGCCGCGCACCAGGUGCAUCCUCUCCUCGGGAGCGCGCUGACUUCUUCCACGUCCUCCACACUGUCCAGCGCGCUGCCGGGGCUCACAUCUAUCCGUGCGCCCCACUCCCUGAUGAAGGGCUCCCCGGCUGCGCCCCCGGCCCUGCAGCUGGGCUCCGGUUUCCAGCACUGGGCCGGACUGCCGUGCCCCUGCACCAUCUGCCAGGUGCCUCCUCCUCCACACAUCCCCGUCACCUCCACCGGCCUCACGAGACUGACAGUGGAGGGCAAGGACGCGAUGAAAUGAUGACAGACACGCAGAGACUGAGAGAGAUGUUGAGAUGUUUGUAAAUAGAGAAUUGAGGGCAUGAGGGUGGAUUUGGCCUCACUGGUGCAUGUUGUUGUUUUGUCUGUUUUCUUGUUUGGCGUAUGAGAAAAAAAGUGUCAUUUUCCUCCUUGUAACAAGGACUUAUAAAGACUGAUGAUUUUGCCAGUUGAAGGUAAAAAGAGAAAG